UAUAAAACCCAAAUUCACACACACACACACACCAAAUCAAGAACAAACACAAAACAAACAAAUCAAAAUUCAAUUUUGCAGAAACAGGAAACUCUUCAUCUUCUUUGAAUUUCACUGUACGCUAUCUCUACAAUCAUUACUCUGUUGCGGUUGGUGCUUAAUAAUAAUGGCGGAUCUAUACGGAACCACUAACAACAACUGCUCAUUUUCUUCUUCUUCUUCACUUGAAUCCGAAGAUAUGUCCAAUUUUCUUCAAACUUUUCUCGAGAAUACUUCGUCUAAGGAGAAGUUCGGACCAGUGGUACCUUCUCCGUCGCAGAUUUCCGCCGGUUUUCUGGAUUCCGACCACCGGUUCUCUGAUCUGAGCUCAUUUUAUUCGCCGGAGGCGAAUCAGGUGCAAAAAAUGGCGGAAGGACGUCAAAAUUGUCAAAACUCGAACCCUCCUCGUUCAUCCAAGAGGAUGAGAGCAGCAGAGAUUCAUAAUAUGUCUGAGAAGAGGAGGAGGAGUAGGAUUAAUGAGAAAUUGAAAGCAUUGCAGAAUUUGGUUCCAAAUUCUAACAAGACUGAUAAGGCUUCAAUGUUGGAUGAAGCUAUUGAGUAUCUGAAGCAGCUUCAACUGAAAGUACAGACACUUACCAUGCGAAACGGGUUUGGUUUGCCACCUGUUUAUGCACAAGAACAAGGAAUGCAAAGGGGAAUGGGAAUUGGAAUUGGAAUGGGAAUGGGAUACAACGAGGGAAUGGGAAUGGGUUACAACGAGGGAUACAAAUUGCCAAACACAAGCGAAGGGUUCUCAGCGCGAAGGGAAUUUGGUAUUAUGCCCAACCACAUCGGCAUGCUGCCAUCAACCAACAUGGUGAAAUCAGAUCCCGGUUUUAGCUCAGAACUUGCAAAUGUGAAACAAUAUGAAUUUGCCAAUCAUUCGACAUCAAUGAAGGACAUGAAUAUGGGGAAAAUAGCAUCAUCACCAGGUGUCUCAUCAUAACCUCUUGCAUAUGAGAAGAAUAUCCUCAAAUGACAAUCCUGACCUUUAUUAGAAUAAUAAUAAUUAAGAUUUAAGAAGAUGGUAUUUGUAACUUAGAACAUUUAUACUCCAAACAGAAGCAUAGACGAGUGUUUGGAGGAUUGAAACUUUGACUGACAACAUUAAGUUUGAUGAAUUCUAUGUGAAUGGUCGUUUCUAGGUUUUGUAUGCCAGAUGGUAUUUUUAUUAAAUUAAGUCAACAAUUGUCUCCCGAA